UUUUUCGAAAAAAUCUCCGGGGGUUUCGGAAGGUAUUUAUCGACGGACACAUUUCUGUUUCAGGAUAUUGCAGCAUGAAGAAGGAGCAAGUUGUCAACUGUCAGUUUUCGGUUUGGUAUCCGAUAUUCAAAAAACAUUCAAUUAAAAGUGUGAUUCUGCCACUGCCUCAGAAUGUAAUAGAUUAUUUACUGGACGAUGGGACACUGGUAGUCUCUGGGAGCGACCAUAACACACAGCAGACAGACAUUAACAACACAGACUUGAAUGCAGAGGAGGACAUUCAGUGGUCAGAUGACGACACAACCACCACUGUCACUGCUCCUGAGUUCCCAGAAUUCACCUCUAAAGUGCUGGAGGCCAUAAACGCCUUGGGUGGGCGUGUCUUUCCUAAACUCAACUGGAGCGCUCCGAGGGAUGCUAACUGGAUCGCUCUGAACAGUUCCCUGCAGUGUGACAGCCUCAGCGAUAUAUUCCUGCUCUUCAAAAGUUCCGACUUCAUCACCCACGACCUCACACAGCCGUUCGUUCAAUGCAGUGACCAAGACUCUCCAGACCCUGUUAUAAAUUACGAGUUGGUCCUGAGAAAGUGGAGCGAGUUGAUUCCUGGAGGAGAGUAUCGCUGCUUCGUCAAAGAAAACAAACUGAUUGCCAUCUCCCAGAGAGACUACACUCAGUACUACCAGCACGUCCUGAAGCAGGAGGAGCAGAUCUGCCAGGCCGUGCAGGAGUUCUUCAGCCAGCACAUCCAGUACAACUUCCUGGAUGAGGACUUUGUGUUUGACGUCUACAGAGACAGCCAGGGGAAGGUGUGGCUUAUAGACCUGAAUCCUUUUGGAGAGGUGACAGACUCUCUGCUGUUCAGCUGGGAGGAGCUGAUGUCCGGUGGGGAAAUCGCCCAGCAGCAGGACGGCCCGGCGUUUCGUUGCACCACCAGCGAGGUGACGGUGCAGCCCAGUCCCUGCCUGAGCUACAGGAUCCCUCGGGACUUUGUUGACCUCUCCAGGGGGGAAGACGCCUACAAGCUCAUCGACUUCCUCAAACUGAAGAAAAGCCAACAGGAAGAAUCGGAGGAGGAGGAGGAGGAGGACGAGGAGGAGGAGGGGGAGGAGGAGAGUGUUCCACAGUGACACGACUCCUCUGACACCUGAAGAAGAGCUGCCAGAGUCAACAACCCUCCAUAUGAUGUUUUUCUGCAUGAAGUGACUCUUAACCUUCUGUCCUGUAUUGAAAUCAUUUUUCAUUUCAGCCUCUUCUCCCCCCCCCCCCCCCCCCACUCCCCCUCUCGCUCCUCUGUGAACAGUACGCCGUGUACCCGGGGGUUCCUUGGAUGGCUCUCUCGUGUUUUUUCUCUAAUGGAACAUGUUAGAUUAGCAGAUCAUGUUAGUAGCCCUUCGAGGAUUCAUUUGCUGAGUUGUUGUUUGCCACUGACGCCGUUGAGCACCCUCAUGGCUCGGUGAGAAAGAGGAGGGAGUCAUCUACAGAGUUGAUUCUUUUUUUAUUUGUGGAAAAGUAGUUUGACUGUAAGAAGAUGUACUCUUGUAUACUUUGGAAAAAUUGUGAGUUAUAGUGUGCGUAUCUCUAUUGCAAUAUAAAUAUUGUCUCUGGA